AUGGCCACCCAAACUCCAGACUACCACCUCAUCGGGCUACACACCCGCUACUCCAGCUGGACAGCACGUGUCGAAGCAGUACUGGAAUACUUCCAGAUUCCCCACACACGCCAAUUCAUACAGCUCUCCGAGAUAAAGCUCUAUUCCCCAACAGGCCUUGUCCCAAUCCUGCAAUGCCACUCCCUCCCCUCAACAACAAUAACAGACUCCCUCUCCAUCUGCGAAUUCCUCGCUGAAUCAAACCCAUCCCUCCCCCUCUGGCCGAAAGACCGCCACCUGCGCGCUCUAGCCCGCAGCGCUGCAGCCCAAAUGCAUUCCGGCUUCCCAGUCCUGCGGAAUACCUUCCCCACAAACUUCCUCGCCAGGUACACGGGCAACGUGCCGGUCCCGGAUGGUGCGGCUGCAGAGAUAGCGCGCAUGUUCCGGAUCUGGGAUUCGGCGCGGAAGGUGACGGCUGAGAGGCUUGCGCUGCUGGGUGAGGUUGAUGAUGGGUUUUUGUUUGGUGGGUUUAGUAUUGCGGAUGCCUUCUUUUGGCCGAUUCUUUGGCGAUUCCGCUCUUAUGGUCUUCCGCUAGAUGCUGCUGGACCUGAUGCGCUGGCAUGGAUGGCGAGGAUGUGGAGUGAUCCGGUGUUUAAAACGCUGGGGGAUAGGUACUAUGCGCAAGCUGAGGACCCGCAGACUUGCCCCGCAUAUUAUAAUGAUAUCUUCCGGGAUAGGGAUGAUGUGCAGUAUGGGUUGUUUCCGAGGGAUUGGACUUUCUCAGCUUCUGGGUGA